GAGGGGGCGGGGCUUCGGGCGGCGCGGGUGCAGAGCCUUAGCCGCGGACAGGCAGGCUGGCGGGCGGCGGGGCCCGCAGCAGCUCGGUGUCCAGGCUGCGCGACGCGCCGAGGGCCAUGGCCGCCUCUGCGGGCUCAGCCGGCGUUGGCGGCGCCGGGGCAGUGCACGGCUCCGGCCCGUCAGGCUUCGCCUUCGACUCUGGACUGGAGAUCAAAACUCGCUCCGUGGAGCAGACGCUGCUCCCGCUGGUUUCUCAGAUCACCACCCUUAUUAAUCAUAAGGAUAAUACCAAAAAGUCUGACAAAACUCUGCAAGCAAUUCAGCGUGUAGGACAAGCCGUCAACUUGGCAGUUGGAAGAUUUGUUAAAGUAGGGGAAGCUAUAGCCAAUGAAAAUUGGGACUUGAAAGAAGAGAUAAAUAUUGCCUGUAUUGAAGCUAAGCAAGCAGGAGAAACAAUUGCAGCACUUACAGAUGUAGGCAGCAUGAAUCAUCCAGAAUCUGACAGCCAGAUCACAAUUUUUACAGACAAAUCAGGAGUUAUAAAAGCUGCAAGAUUACUUCUUUCUUCAGUGACCAAAGUGUUGUUGCUGGCAGAUCGAGUAGUCAUUAAGCAGAUAAUACGAUCGAGAAAUAAGGUUCUUGCAACUAUGGAAAGACUAGAGAAAGUGAACAGCUUUCAAGAGUUUGUCCAAAUAUUCAGCCAGUUUGGAAAUGAAAUGGUGGAGUUUGCACAUCUCACUGGAGAUAGACAAAAUGAUUUGAAAGAUGAAAAGAAAAAGGCAAAAAUGGCAGCAGCUAGGGCAGUUCUUGAAAAGUGUACAAUGAUGCUUCUCACCGCUUCGAAGACAUGUCUCAGGCAUCCCAACUGUGAAUCAGCCCAUAAAAACAAAGAAGGAGUAUUUGACCGAAUGAAAGUGGCCUUGGACAAGGUCAUUGAAAUUGUGACAGAAUGCAAACCAAACGGAGAGACUGACAUUUCAUCUCUCAGUAUUUUUACUGGAAUUAAAGAAUUCAAGAUGAAUAUUGAAACUCUUCGGGAGAAUCUUUAUUUCCAGUCCAAGGAGACCCUCUCUGCGACAUUGGAAGCCCUCUUGGAGCGCACAGAGGACUUCACUGAUUGUGCAUACACCAGCCAUGAGCACCGGGAACGCAUCUUGGAACUGUCCACUCAGGCGAGGCUGGAACUGCAGCAGUUAAUUUCUGUGUGGCUUCAAGCUCAAAGCAAGAAAACAAAAAGCAUUGCCGAAGAACUGGAACUCAUGAUACUGAAAAUCAGCCACAGCCUCAAUGAACUUAAGAAAGAACUUCAUAGUACAGCAGCUCAGCUGGCAGCAGAUCUGUUAAAAUACCAUGCCGAUCAUGUGGUUCUAAAAGCAUUAAAACUUACUGGAGUAGAAGGAAAUUUAGAAGGUUUGGCUGAAUAUGCCUGCAAACUCUCUGAACAGAAAGAGCGGCUUGUUGAGACCUGUCGAUUGUUGAGACAUGUGUCUGGGACAGAACCUCUUGAAAUAACCUGUAUACAUGCAGAAGAGACAUUUCAGGUGACUGGCCAACAGAUAAUUUCUGCUGCUGAAACUUUGACAUUGCAUCCAUCUAGUAAAAUUGCCAAAGAAAAUCUAGAUGUAUUUUGUGAAGCCUGGGAAUCCCAAAUUAGUGACCUGUCAACACUGCUGAGAGAAAUCAAUGAUGUGUUUGAAGGAAGACGAGGAGAGAAGUAUGGCUACCUUUCACUUCCAAAGCCAAUGAAGAAUAAUGCAAACCUUAAAUCAGUAAAGCCAGACAAGCCUGACUCUGAGGAGCAAGCCAGGGUAGCAAAGGUUGGACUCAAGGUGGGCUUGCUCACGUCUGAUGCCAAUUGUGAGAUUGAGAAGUGGGAGGAUCAGGAGAAUGAGAUUGUUCGAUAUGGACGGAACAUGUCCAGCAUGGCCUAUUCUCUGUAUUUAUUUACCAGGGGAGAGGGGCCACUGAAAACUUCCCAGGAUUUGAUUCAUCAGCUAGAGGUUUUUGCUGAGGAGGGUUUGAAGCUUGCUUCAAGUGUGCAAGCGUUCUCCAAACAGCUGAAAGAUGACGAUAAGCUUAUGCUUCUUGUGGAAAUAAACAAGCUUGUUCCUCUAUGCCACCAGCUCCAGACAAUAACCAAGACAUCUCUGCAGAAUCAAGUGUUUCUAAAGGUUGAUAAGUGUAUUACAAAGACAAGAUCCAUGAUGGCUAUAUUGGUCCAGCUUCUCUCACUUUGCUAUAAACUGCUGAAGAAGCUUCAGAUGGAGAACAACAGAUGAGUCUCAGUUACAGAUAGAUUCUUUGGAUAAUAAAACCUGAGAAGCUUUUGAGGUCAGAUCUCUGGAACACCACGUGGCAAAGCUGACAUUUUUAGAAAGCCAAUGACCCUUUAUAUUUCAGAAAUUCAACAACUUCUUAAAGAAAACAAACAAAUCAUGCUUUAUUUUCUGAUCACAUUUUCUGUAACUGAUUGUGAUGCUUUCUGAAAACUAAUAAAUGCCAUGGUAGUUGCUAUA